CGCAGCCAGCGCUGUUGUCCCGCUCUGGGGGCUUUGCUCUGCUUCCCGACCCGCCCUAUGUCGUCAACUCUUAUUCGUCCGAGACAGUGUCUCUCCCCUCUUUUGAAGAUUUGCUCCUUCACAGCCCAACUAUCAAUAUCGUUCUCUCUCUUUUCCCGCUGUUCUAGAACACGUCCCGCGGUUCAGGUACGCGGGUUGUGCGUAGCUACAAGUAUCUAGUCAAUCCCGCCUGUCUUGAACUUGUCUCUCCAGUCUGGCAAGUCUGGAUCCCUUUGACACGGUGCUUUAACAGGUCUUCAAGAUGUUCUUCUCUACUGCUGCUGUCGUUGCCACUUUGGCCUCCGUGGCCGUUGCGGCUCCAGCAUCCCCUACAGCCACUGACCCCGCUGACGUCUAUGCUGCUCAAGCAACCGCGCUCACCCAGAGCCCAACCAGCAAAGUCAAGGGCAAGGCCUUCGAUCGCUAUGUCUCAAUUUGGUUUGAGAAUACCGAUUAUGACAUGGCUGCGGCGGAUCCCAACUUCAAGUUCUUUGCUGAGAAGGGAAUUAUUCUGAGCAACAACAUUGCCGUGACUCACCCCAGUGAGCCAAACUACAUGGCCGCCGUUGGGGGUGACUACUUCGGUCUCGAUGGUGACCCAUUCACCCAAGUUCCUCAGAACGUUUCAUCCGUCGUUGACUUGCUCGAGGAUAAGGGCAUCUCUUGGGGUCUGUACCAGGAAGACAUGCCCUACACGGGCUACCAGGGGUUCGACUGGGUCAACCAAAAGACUGGACAAAAUGACUAUGUUCGCAAGCACAACCCUGAGAUUCUGUACAACUCCGUUGUCACCAGCCCGGAGCGUCUUGCCAACAUCAAGAACACCACUAUGUUCUUCGAGGACCUCAAGGCAAACAAGCUCCCUCAAUGGAUGUUCAUCACUCCCAACAUGACUUCUGAUGGUCACGACACCUCCGUCACCGUUGCCGGUGUCUGGUUGAAGCAGUUCCUUGCCCCCCUCUUGGACGACCCCAACUUCAUGGACAACACCCUCGUCCUCCUCACCUUCGACGAGAACGAGACCUACUCCAUCCAGAACCGCGUCUUCAGCGUUCUCCUUGGUGACGCUGUCCCCAAGGAGCUCGUCGGCACCACCGACGACAACUACUACAACCACUACUCCGAGAUCUCCACCGUCGAGGCCAACUGGGAUCUCCACACCCUCGGCCGCUGGGACGUCGGCGCCAACGUUUUCUCCUACGUCGCCGCCAAGACCGGCGACCGUCUCCGCAAAUGGUCCACCACGCCUCCCCUCAACGAGCGCUACUUCAACACCUCCUACCCCGGAAUCUUCAACUCCAAGAAGUGGGCCCCGCAGCCAGUCCCCGACUGCCACUCGCGCCGCAACGGCCGCACCACUCUCCCGGCCAUCAAGAAGACCUGGGAGCAGGAGCAGGACAAGAACUACUACCACGGCCAGCUUGAGAUCCCUGAUGGAGCUAACCCCCCUGUCUACCCUUACACUUACUAAGUGUGUGUGUAUAUACUUGCCCUGUGGAAGCGAUAUGCCGGUGCGCAUGAGGGAUGAGACUUGUUAUGAAAUGCAGAGUUUGAAAGAAAAGAAAGACAAGGUUAUUUUAAUUUCUAGUACAUAAUUAGAAAAUCUUCCUCUGCUAGACUGCUACCUUCCCACCUCAGACCGCAACUCGUAUCUACCU